AUGUUGGCUUCGCUUGCGAUAUUAUGUUUUGUGAAAUUUAUGAACGCCCAGAUUGGAGUAACAACCUGCACGGCCGAUGGAAUUGAAUGCGUUUCACUACCAAACUCAAUCUGUGACAAGUUCAACACGCUGAAAUGUGUUUGCCCGGCUGACCAUCAAUACCAUCAGUACCAGGAAAAACCUGAUAAAAGCGGAUGUGAUUACAACUGUGGUUUUCCAAUGGAACCUGCAAAUGGAGCAGUUGAAAUCACUGGUACUCUUCAAUCCUCAACUGCUUUGUACAAGUGCAGUGAAGGGUUCAAACUGACUGGAGGUAGCAACAGAACCUGCAUCGUUGGAAUAGGAUGGUCCGGCGUAAUGCCGACAUGUGUGGAAGUUGUCGAAUGGAAAACUGGUACCUGUCUCAUGUGA